AUGGCAGACAUCUCGCCGGCCACUCUCCGCCGCAGACGGGAAUACACCCAAACCACCACAACGCUCCGCAACCACGGGAUCCGCUACCGGUGGGGGUUCCCAACGAAACUGAUCCUCACCAAAAACGGGAAGACAACUAUUAUAUCGACCCCAGAAGAAGGAUCACAGCUCAUUGAGAAAUGGGGCCUACUGCAGGAACCGCCAAGUGAACCACGGCACGACAAACGCCGCCAAGGCCGCACCACUAACAUGAACUGA